UUAGUAGAAGUUUAAAAGUUUCAUGAAGAGUUUUUGCUGGAACCUGUUGGGACAUAAAUCUUCUUAGCCACAUUGCUGGAACACAAGCCACAAGCCUGGCUUUGCCAUAGUACUGGGGACACCAGCCUGGCUUAGCACUGGGGACACCAGCCUGGCUUAGCAAUAGCAUUGGGGACACCAGCCUGGCUUAGCAAUAGCACUGGGGACACAAACCUUCAGCAGCCUGCUAGAGCUGGGGACACAAACCUGACCCUGUGACCCGAAAGCCCCGGCAGGAUGAGUGUGGCUUUUGCAAACCUCCAUCCAGUGGAAGAUAAACAGCUUGGAAUGGAUACGGAGAUUAUCAUGGAAGAUCUCAGACCAAUCUCGGACAUGGGAUACACGAUGAUGGAGCAUUGCAUCAAGAAGGAGGACGAUGACUUGGGGAAAUUUGUGGACUUGGACUUUAUUUUGGCUCAUACCACCAGCUCGCAAAACAGUGGCAGCACAAGCAGUGGGGGCAACUAUCCCCUGCCGGAAACCCCAGAGAGCUGCAAUACAACUUAUGACAGUGACGGCUCCUACAACGCAGGUGCCACCCAAAAAUACGGGACUGUGAACUUUGCUGGCAGCCCCCACCAUAGUUAUGUGGCAGAGCUGCUCACACCCGAUGUACCAGGCUUAGAUGCUCCACACGAGUAUGGUCUAAAGAUCUCUAUGCACAACAGAAAAUAUACCGAGCUCAGGGUGUCUAACCUGGAGGCCCCAGUGCACAUACAAAUUGAUCACUUACAGCAACUAGGGCAUAAAAUCAAGAAGGAGCGCCCGGAACAGUCAUGUAUGAUGGGCAACUGCUCGCCCACCUCCCCUGAUUGCAUGAUGGAGCAAAAAGUGAACCUGAUGCACAUGCAUGGGCAGAUGCAUCAACCUCAUGGUUAUCCCCAGCACAGGGUCAGCCCCCCCGUGUGUAAUGAGGAUCUGUCACCCACUGACUGUCACUUGAUGCCUGAGGUGCACUGCCUCCAGAUCAUGCCAAUGCCACAGCACUACCAGAUAUCUGCUUCAUACCCGGCGCAUUUUGCCAACCAAUCCCCAGCACAGUUUCAUGGACAAUUCGGCGUUUACAGGGACCCCAUGACAGGUCACCCAGCUGUGCAUGGUAUGCUUGUCACUCCCCCAUCCUCACCCUUGCUGGAAUACUACCCUGCCAUGGCUGCCCCAGAUGACUGCAAGCCAAAGAGGGGUCGCAGGUCGUGGGCAAGAAAGAGGACGGCAACCCACAACUGCGAGUACCCAGGAUGCGGCAAAACCUACACCAAGAGCUCCCAUCUGAAGGCUCAUAUGAGAACGCACACAGGUGAGAAGCCCUAUCACUGUAACUGGGAAGGGUGCGGAUGGAAGUUCGCCAGAUCGGACGAAUUGACUCGUCACUUUCGCAAACACACCGGGCACAGACCCUUCCAGUGCCACCUGUGUGAGAGGGCAUUUUCUAGGUCUGACCACCUGGCCCUGCAUAUGAAGAGACACAUGUAAAUAAUGCAGAGGACUAUUUAUGUUGCAGAUGUGUAUUUUCUUAUUCGCAAUUCUAUUCUUGUAAAUAAGAGUAUAUAAAAUAGUAUUUAAAGUACAAACCUGGCAAACAGGUAGAUCUUCGCUUGAAAACAAGUUUAUUAUUUAUGAGAAUUCCUUUCUGUGCAGGGACAUAGUUCUGCACAUUUGUACAAUAUUUGUAAAUUGCCUUCUUGCAUUUUUGUAAGGUAAAUUGAAGUUGGCUGAUUUGGAAGGUUUCAGCUAUUUUAUAUGCUCUUAAUUAUACUGUAAGAGUUUAAAUGUAGAAUUUAUGUAUAUGAGAAGUUCUGACACUUCUUGGUUCAAAUUCCGAAAUGUGCAAUUAUAUGAAACACUGAACACUUGUGGCUGGGAAAUGGCGCCAUCUCAUGGACAAGUUUAUGCACUGUUAAAAAUAUUUUUAAAACUUAAAGGUCCAAUUAAAGCUGCCAUUUAACUGUUGAUAUUUUAUACUCUCAUUUUGUAUUUUUUUUUUUUUUAAUAUAUUUUUUUGAAGAGUUAUUGUCAAUUAAAUUCAUUUUCUGAAUUUUCUUCAAAAGGAACAGAAUUCCUAGGUACUGUUAAACUUGCUUUGUUGUACAUAUGUUAAAUUUAUGUAAAUAAAGCAGCAUUUGUGACACUCCCA